CAAAACAUGUGGGCAAAAAGAUGUCAAAUAAAAACUGGAAGAGCCAAAUUUGGGUGACUAACAAGGAAGGACGUAGAGAAAAUUUAUGGAAGACAUGUCUGUUGAAGUAUCACAGUGAUACAUUUUACAGGCCAGUUCGUGGAGGAACCAUACAUCGUGAUGAGUUCAUUCGUUGCACUAAUUGUAACAAAGAACGUAGGUUUCUUCGAAGAACUAAAGAAGAAUGCAAAUACUAUCAUGAUGUUGCUGCUGUGAAGGACUGGAAAUGCUCCGAUAUGCCUCACAACAGGAUAAGUUGUGACGAUGUUGAAGAGCGCGAGAGUAGAAAAUUGUGCAGGGGUUGCCCCAGAACUGCUAAGUGCAAUGGCUGUGCCAGGUGCGUAUGUUUUGGUUGUAGAAUGUGCACCUUCAACGAUUGCAAUUGUCGUGCAUGUGUCGACUAUCUUAACAACAUUUGAUGUUCAACCACCAGUAUUUUUG